CUGAGUACGUGGAGAUCGGUUCGGUUCGUUUCGGUACGGACUUGGGAAUAUUUCGAACAGAGUGCGGCAAAGCGAAGCAACAACCAAUAACGAAUACCAAACAGAAAAAAACAAAUCAUUAAUUAAACGUCGAGACGUGAGGGUGUAAGACGUGUGCGAUAAGAAAAUAAAAGUUGAGUUGACGAGAACAUUUGAGCGGUACGCGGGUGUACGGCAAGUGCGGUGUGUUUUUCGAUAGUCGCAGUGUGUUCAUUUAUAUUUGUAUGUGUGCAUACAUAUUUAUAUAGUUUUUAUAAGCAGCUGACGUGCAAAAAGGCCAAAGAAAAAUAUUAAUAAAUACAACAAAUAAGAAUUGCUUAAGUUUAAAAAGUGUUCGAUAAGUUUUACACCGCACACACACACACACAUUCAACAUAAGUAAAGGCAAAAGUGAGUAGUCAGUUAAGAAGAAGCAACGAAUAAAAUUUAUAACGAAAAUUACAAAAAUCAAGGCGUUGGAGAAGCACAAAUUGUCAGAUACCGGUGCAAUUCGAGGGAGCACAUAUUGACAUACAUACAUACAUACAGAUAUUCAUAUCAACAGUAGCAUCAGCAAAAACAACAAACAAAUAAACAAAUAAAUAAAAAAUAACAACAACGAAAUGGCGAGAAGUUUACGUCCCCUCAAGAUCACAAUAGUCGGCGAUGGUAUGGUCGGUAAGACUUGCCUACUCAUUACAUACACACAAAACGAAUUCCCCGAAGAAUAUAUACCGACAGUGUUCGAUAACCAUGCCUGCAACAUAACGGUCGAUGGCAAUGAAUACAAUCUGACACUCUGGGAUACAGCCGGGCAGGAGGAUUAUGAACGUUUGCGUCCGCUAAGUUAUCCGAAUACAAAUUGCUUCCUGCUUUGCUAUUCGAUAAGCAGUCGAACGUCAUUUGAGAAUAUCAAAAGUAAAUGGUGGCCCGAGAUACGACAUUUCUCCAACAAUGUGCCGGUGGUGUUGGUGGGCACGAAGCUGGAUUUGCGAGUACCGAAUUCGGAGAAAUUCGUGACGACAAGUGAAGGCAGACGCUUGCGAAAGGAGAUCCAUGCGCAUACAUUGGUGGAGUGUUCGGCCAAAAGGAAGAUCGGUUUGAAUCAAGUGUUCGAGGAAGCAGUCAGAGCGGUUGAGAAGAAGCCAAGCUCAAAACCCAAACAAUGCACAUUACUAUAGGGGGCGAUUGGAGAUGAUGAUAGAAAGCAAGGAAAAUGGUUUAAAAAUUACAAAAACAAAAACAUAACAACAAAAAUAUGGUGCAUACAAGCGUGUGCAUACAUAUAUGUAUAUACAACAACUAGGUUCCCUGCUGAAAACGUAUUUGUUUUGCUGCUUCUAUUUUGUGCGCCUAAAAGUAUGCAACAACUUUUGCUUGAAUAUUCAAGAAUUUUCGGCCAUUAUUGUUGCAGUUGUUGCUGCGCAGACGGGUCUUACGAUUACAUGCGGGCGGGUAGAAAGAACUUUAAGUUCUUUUAUUUCGUUUUAUUAUUAUAUUCUUCUUUGCUUUACAAAAAAAAAAAAAA